CAUUCUUAAUUAACGUUACAUGGUUGUCCGUUUAGUGUGUGGUUGGAAGCGGGCACGAGUAGACGUGCUUAGAAAAACAACUGGCUACAAUUGUUUUUUUUUUUCAAAAUAUUUUUUGAGACGUAUUAUAUUGAGCUGUAGUGGAGAAAAUAUUAUUGAAAAUGAAUUUCUGCCUAGACGAGUCACCACUAGCUCGCACAGAGCUAACAAAAGACAAGAUGACACAAUGGAUAGAAGGACAGAGGAAUAUCGGGAAAGUAGACAAUAUAGAAGUGUUCGGGAAGGCCACAGAGAAACAAUUAAAAGAGCUGAAUGACGUCAGGCAACUGAGCAAGGAAUUGCAGGAGAACUUACAAGAUUUAGAAAACAAGGUCCACUCGUCCGAAGACAACCAAGCCAUGAACGCGACGGCGCCAAUCCUCGACUACUCCGAAGACCACGAGUUCGUCUCGGCCAACCAGCUGGACGACUACUACGCUCAGGAGGAUCUGGUAGAUGCGAAGGAGGCAGAGAAACAGAGGCUAACUAAGGGUAAAGCUGCUAGAACCGACAUUCAGAGGUUUUACAAGGAUCAGUGUGUGUUUUUGACGGGUGGUACCGGGUUUUUGGGUAAAGUAUUAAUUGAAAAGCUGUUGAGGUCAUGUGGUGAUAUUGACACUUUAUACGUUCUGGUGAGACCGAAGAGGGGGAAGGAUCCCGUACGAAGACUCCAUGAUAUGCUUGAUGAAUUUUUGUUUCACAGAGCUCAUGAAGAAAAUCCGAAAGGAAUACACAAGGUAGUGCCUAUUGUGGGAGACAUGGAGAUGCCUGGAAUCGGUCUUAGUGAUGAGGACAGAAAAAUGCUCACGUCAAAGGUGACAAUUAUAAUCAACUCAGCGGCCACGGUGAAGUUCGAUGAGAAACUGUCAAUAGCAACUGGUAUCAACGUCCGAGGUACCAAGGAAGUGCUAAAGCUGGCCAAGGAAUGUAGAAAUCUGAAGGCUAUAACGCACGUAUCGACCGCAUUCUCGAAUACGCAUUUGCCAUAUAUUGAAGAGAAGUUUUAUGAACCACCGAUGUCAGUAGAAGCUUUGGAAGCAGUAUCUCAACUUGACGACAACAUACUAGAAAAUGUUUUACCAACCAUCCUGGGUAAUAGACCAAACACGUAUUGCUUCACGAAAGCGAUCGCGGAGGAGGCUGUCAGGAUUUAUGGAGAAGGAUUGCCCAUUUCUAUCGUUCGACCUUCAAUUGUCGUGUCAACGUACGAUGAACCUGUGAGAGGCUGGACCGACAGUGUCUACGGGCCCACAGGGUUGGUGGUCGGCAUUGGUACCGGGGUCCUUCGCACCAUGUUCUUGGACGUAAACAAGGUGGCUGACAUGGUACCCGUGGACCUCUGCGUGAAUGCCAUCAUAGCUUCCGCAUACCAUACUGCCAUGAAAUAUAAAGAAAAUCAAACGUCGGACAUACCGAUAUACAACUUCGUCUCCGGUGCCCAGACCCCUAUCCGUUGGGGAGACUUCAUUGAAUACAACAGGAGGUUCGGAAUACAGACACCAACCAUGAAAGCUGUUUGGUACUACGGCCUAAACCCCACCAAUAACUACUAUCUGUUCCUGGUGUACAACUUCUUCUUGCACUACUUGCCAGCACUGUUCAUCGAUACCUUCUGUGCCUUGAUGGGAAGAAGACGGGCAAUGUUAAAAUUCUACAAGAAGCUGACAAAAAUGGCGAACAUUCUGUUUUACUUCUCGACACAAGACUGGAGGUUCAAUGACGACGGCGUCCAGAACAUGUGGCGAUCUCUCUCCAGUGCUGACCAGACGGUGUUCCCCUUCAACAUCGGCGACAUGUCCUGGGAAUAUAUGACGGAGACCUUCUUAGUAGGAUUGCGAGUAUACUUGAUCAAGGAUGAUUUGUCCACAUUGCCUGAAGCAAAGAAAAAAUGGAACAGAUUGUUCUACUUGCACCAGUUCGUGAAAACGGCUGCUUUAUGUUUAGUAAUUUUCUUAGGUUAUUUAUUAUUAAAGGGCUUGAUGUGGAUUGUGUUCGGAUUAUAGUUCAAUAAAUAUUGUUAAUUUAGGUAGUUUAAUUUUAAAAAUGAGUAUGUAUGUAUUGUAGUAAAUAAUAAUCUGAGAGGGAUAUGACCCUAAAGAGUGGGAGUUAGAGAGGGGUACCUAUCGGUUGGCGGGAACGACUUCCGAUAUAAGGCGCUCGUCGUACUGUCGGCUUCAGUAUACUCGUGGCGUUCCAGCUGUCCACAUUUCUUGUUGUGUAAUUCUUUAUGGGUUACUUGGGAUAGACGGGGAGAGGGACUUGAGUGGAAAAAGGGAGUGUUGGUUAACUGUCAAGGUAACUUAACCCUACACACAAAGUUCACAAGUGCGUGAUUCCACUCAAGAUCAUUCUCUGCCAUUCUAGGGUCUUAUUUUGGUUACAGUUGUUAUUUAAGUCGUCCUGACAAAAGUUGUGAAUAUAAACUUUUGUUCGAUUAGUUUCUUAUUUCUGUAAUCCACUUCUGACUCUGCUAAAAGUAUAUAGACUAGCCGACAACUGCGACUUCUUCGGCAGAAGUCAGACCUAUCGACUAUCGACGGUCUGCCGCACUCCUAUACUUCAACCUUACUUAAUGUGUACUGUUUACCAACAAACAAAAAAGUGAGUACUUGUACAUAUUAUGUUUUCUGUGAUGAGGGUAUAAAUUGGUUUUUUUUUUUUUUAUUCUUUACAAGUUAGCCCUUGACUACAAUCUCACCUGAUGGUAAGUGAUGAUGCAGUCUAAGAUGGAAGCGGGCUAACUUGUUAGGAGGAGUAUGAAAAUCCACACACCUUUCGGUUUCUACACGGCAUCGUACCGGAACGCUAAAUCGCUUGGCGGUACGUCUUUGCCGGUAGGGUGGUAACUAGCCACGGCCGAAGCCUCCCACCAGCCAGACCUGGACAAAUUAAGAAAAUCUCAAUCUGCCCAGCCGGGGAUCGAACCCAGGACCUCCGUCUUGUAAAUCCACCGCGCAUACCACUGCGCCACGGAGGCCGUCAAAAAUUGGUAGUCAUUUCACUCAUAAUUAUAAUUAACUUGUUCUUAAAUUAACGACAAUAAACUUUAUUAAUAACCCAGAACCCAGUCUUUUUAAUAACAUUUUAUAUUAAAACAAUAAAUAUUUUAAAUUAAAUAAGUUAUGAAAUGACAUGCGUUUAUUACCUUCAUUUCUAAUUUGUUUGUUGGUAAACAGUAGGAACUAGGUACACAUAAAGUGUUUGAGCAUUAUUUUAAAACUGUGAUAUUUCAUUAAAAAGCAAAUAAUGCAAGAUCGAUUUUGUUCAAAAUUAAAUACUUGUCACGAAUACUGUGCUUAUUUGGAUUAGUAUUAAUUCUUAUCCAAAUAUGUUAAUAAAAACACCUUCGCAAAUAAGAUGUAAAUUUUAAAUGGUGAAAUUGUCAUUUUAAUCAUUAAAUACUUAAUAAAUAAUUUGCAUGCCACAUUGGCAAGAUACAUUUACCAUCUACAUCUACCGACCACCUGUAUAAAUAAUGCAUGUAUCUGCAAAGAAAUAAAUUGAUUGAUUGAUUGAUUGAUGCAUAAUUUUAGAACUGAUACCUUAAAACAUACAUACAGGCGAACGUAGGACCUCUUCCUUUUUGGAAGUCGGUUAAAAAAAUUAUAAGACAGAUAAUAGGUAUAGGUAUCUUAUAGCUAUGCUGUCGUAAUCCGUAAUUUUAACCGUCUAUGCAGUUAACGCAACGGAAACUUUCAAAAGGAAAUUUAUUUUCCCACUUUUGCCGCACUUUAUUUACGCUCCUAUUGUCCAUAGCCCAUUAAAUAUGCACCUAUAAACCGAUAGUGGCUUUAUAAUGGUAAAUGAAUAAACCCUUUAACGUCACAUUGUUUCAUUGAUGUUACAACUCAUAAACUCAUUACACCAAUAGUCGUGGUAUCUGAUUACUUAUGAAAACUAAAACUAAUAGUAGAUAUAAUAAUUCAAGUAGGUAGGUAGUAGGUACCUAUUUCACAUCAAUAUUUAUCAAAAUGAAUCCCUAGUUCGAACUACAUUAGUAUUUUAGUCGAGUACGAACGAUUUUUGGGCGGUAGCAAGUAGUCUAGUACGCUACUCGAAUAAACUGCUAAAGUAGUCCGAACUAAGCCUUACAGACUUGCUCAAUGAAAAUUUGUAUUUUGUAUUAGGUAUAGGUAGGUAUAUAUUAGGUAGUAUUAUUUUAGAUUUACCUAUUUUAGAGAUUUCAAAUGUAUUAUUAAAGGUUUUUACGAUAUGGUAAUUAUAAUUUAAUAAAUGAAUUUCUGUACAUACAUUUUCAUUGAAAUUAUGCAUACUUUUGUAUGGUUAGUUAAUUAGUACAAAAUUAAAUUUUUCAUAAUA